AUGUCGACCAAUAUCGAAAGGUUAAAUUGUCUUCCAUCACAGACAUACUGUCCGCGCUCAAUCUUUUGGACAAAUCUAGCUUUGUUGGGUUUCAACCCUGAAAUACACGCCACCGGAACAUACUCUACGAUAAUAUUCGAUAAAGACGUGUUCACGCGUAGUACCAACAAUGUCAAAGCUAUGGAACUCAUUGUGUGGUUUCUGUUUGAUAGGCUGGAUCCCGUUAGUGCAAGAGAUAGUUUUGCUGGUUGCUGGCCUGUAACUAAUCCUGCAGAAAGCAGGCAAUUUCGUCAAGUUGCCUUUAAGAGAUUAGAGCAGUUUCGUAAACAGGGGUGUCUUGGGAACAAUGAUUUGGUGUUGAGACUUAGUUUUUUUAAUGAAUGUCAGGGUGAUAGAUUUGAUCGCAUCAUUAUGGCAUUUUCCUCUUACGUCAUUCAAAAGACCCUUGUGAAUAAUUAUCCUCAACAUACCCAAGUUCCAAACAUCGAUUUUGAGUGUCUAAAAAAAAUCGCUCCAGAGAUGCUCAAAAAUAUUCUAAAGAUACACAUCAAAAUUCAAACCGAAAAAUUUGUUAAACAUGUUCAAGACCGAAAAGAAUGUCAGGAUCGAUGGAAGAAUAUGGCUGACGAGUUAACUCGAAGGAUACGAACUGUCACUGCAAAUAAUAACGAGCUAGAAAAGGAAAAUUAUGAAUUUUACCAAAACCGAAGCUUGUUUGAAAGAUUCGAUAAUAUGUCAGUUGAACAACUUUGCUCAUUAAGACUUCAGAUAACUGAGAAUGUUCGUGAGUUUUGGGCUACUUGUGUAAAUUGGAUGGAAGAAAGUCGGAAAUAUACUGAAAGCGUUGAUGAUAUAAUGAACGGCCAGUCUAAUAUGUAUCGACUAAAUGGUCAUGAACCCCGUCUAGAGAUUCCAAAUAUCAUGAUGAGAUUAUGGGAGAAGCAAUUUCAUAAAGAUAAAAUUAAUCCAUAUCACAAUGGAAAAUUGGACUUAGAAUCUUUAGUUAAGCUAUGGAAACUGGCAAUACAAACUUUGAAUCUUCAUGUCCUACGAUCUCAUCGUGACACCACAACAAUAUCGGAAUCCGAGCAAUUGAUCAACGCGUUCAGACAAUGUAUAUUAGAGCAGAAGACUCAAUCACAAAGUCUAUCUACUCUUCAAGAAUCUUUGAGAACACGGUUGAAUGAAAUUAACGAAUCGAUUUGGUCGUUGAAUAAAGAACAAAGUAAUAGUAGUGCACUGCUACCUAAAGGGGAUAUGAAUAAUGUUAUUUCUAUUAGAAAUCUAUCUAUACCAAUUGCCCCUUUUCAUUUCACUAAUAAUGACGGCGGUGAAUCCUCCUCGAUUGAUACUGAUGUGGACAUGGAAUUCAUUGAACUUUACUUAAAAAAAGAAACAAGAACCAAUAACAACGUCGACACGAACAUCAUAAACAACAUCACCAAACCAAAAAUUCAUACGUAUGUCAAUACAACUCCCACAACAGCAACAGUAACUAAUAAGAAUCAAUUUUCAACAAAAGUAUACGACGUUGAUGAUGAGACAGAAGAUGAGAUGGUAUCUUUAACAGUCUCAAAAAAUACGAAGAUGAAUGAGAUCGGAAAUUGGAAAAACAAUGCAAAUAUAGAUAAUUCAAUUUUAAGUCCAACAACACCUGAUAAAUAUGUACAAUCAAUUGGCACUAUCGAGAAAACACCAAGCUUUGCAUCAUUCUCAACGCCGUCAUUAUUCAAAUCUCGGGAUGAAACUAACUUUAUCACGCCAAUCCAAACUAAUAAUAAAAGAGUCAAUAAUUCGGCCGCUUAUGACGCUGUAAUAGAACAAAUUUUUGAAUUCGUUACGAACUCAUCAAAUGACUUUAGUCAAUCAUCAUCAAACAGCGAACUGGAACUGAAACAAAAAAAUAACAAACCUUUAGAAACGCAUGCUAUUAGUAAUCCAAUCAGCGCACUUGAAGAAAACGCGUUCAACCCUUCCAAAGAAAUCAAUAGAACUCCGGUAGGUGGUGAUGAUAAUCCGUCUACACCUGCAAUAAAAACAAGGUCAGCGAUGAAAUCAGGAUCAUCAAAAUCUACACAGCAGUUUUCUGCUAAAUUUGCAGAUGUUGACGAUGAUGAGACGCCCUCUAAGAACCAACGUAAUCAUAAUAAUAUAAACACAAACAUUAACCUCGAAGGAGAUUUUAUGGAAAUUGAUUAA